AUGACCGACGCCUUUCCAACCCCGACAGCCACGCCGAAGCGCAAGAGAGACGAAGACGGUCCCCAAUUAUCGCCCGUCUACACCACCUCCAUAUUCUCCUUCCAACUUCCGGAUGCGAAGAGCGACGAGGACGGAAGCGCGAGCCCGCGCAGCAAGGUUGUGCACAAGUUCCGCGGACUGGCGCUUGGUGGUGGGGGCGGGGUAGCCCAGCAACAGGGCAGCAGCGGCGGCAGCACUCGACAGCGCCAGGGCCCAUACGACCCCGUUCGCGACGUCGGCGGCGAUGGGGCCUUCGACGACGAACCGUUUGCGAGCCGCAAGAGAGUCAAGAUGCCGGAGCUGGAGAUGAAGGACGCCGACGCUACCGAGCCCGUCGCUGUUCCGGACCCUGAGAUCAGGAGCGAUCCGGGGCUCGCCCCGACGACGGAGACGUCUGUGGCGCCCGACGCUGAGACUGCCAUUCUACCAAAUACUACCUAUUCUGCCACAACGACUGCGGCAGCCACGACAGGCCCGCAACGACCAAACCCAUUCAUAAACCGCAUACAAGAGGCAAAGGCGAGAGGACGCAGACGAGCCGGCACGCCGCCCCUCAAAAACCGCAAGGGCAAGGCUGCCACCGAGGCAGCGACGCAGGACGAGGACGCCGAGAUGGAGGUCGUUGACCCCGUCAGGGCGGCGCUGACGUGGAAGGAGGAGGAGAUCACGAUUUACGACCCGGAUGACGAGGACGACGACGGCACCGGCAUUAACGGAGUCGGGUUCAUGCCGACGGCGGCGAUGGCGUACGCCCGCACACAGAAGCGCCGGCUGCAGCUGGCGGAGUACAAGAAGCGCGAAGAGAGCGAGGCCAGGGCACGGCGGAGCCAGCGCAGACGCGGUAGCGGCGCGGGCUUGGGUGUCAAGAUUGACUCGAAGCCUGCCUCUGGGAGCGGUGUGCGCAAGGUGCGAUUUGAGUCGGAGCCGAACACGAUUGCCACGAACGGAUAA